AUGGAAUUGAGUGUUGCCGAGGCAAAGACGUUGAAUGUGGAUCCGAUUGUCGUCCAACGAUGGAGCUGCCUCACAGGGUCAAAUACUGAACACCAGGGUAGAACUGCCGUUCCUUGGCUUUCCGCCGGCGGGUACGCCGCCGCAUGGUCGUGGAAGAAACGUCAACAUCAAGCGCUUUGGUAUUGGAAUCAUGAGGUAACGUCGCAUUCCUUGCUAUUCAAUCAUGCCACCUUUGCGGCGUUAGACUCUUAUCCACCAGGUGAAACGCAACAAGCAAUCGAGCUUCUCGCAUUUGUUCAAGGCCAUAAUCAGCAUGAACAGCAGACAUAUAACUCCGGUCUCGACUCAGCGUCCAUCUAUCAUGUUGCGAUACGAACUGAUAGGUCACCUGUCGCAGUGCUGAGCUAUGAAUUAUUCACCAAGUCGUCAACGUGCCAUUUCUCGCGAACAUCGGGAGCGAAGGAAAUUUUCAUGGGUAAACCAUUCAACCGACGUCCAAUUCAAGCAGAUUAUGACCGGACCGCCUCCCCCCUCGCUCAAUCUUCUUCACCUCCAACUGAGGCUGAGCCUGCUUACUGA